AUGGAAAUUGAGAAAAUGUACUUGUUUCUAUCUCUUUUUUCAAUUAUAAUCUUCCUUUAUAAAAUCCUUCUACCAUUUAAAGCAGAGAACAAGAACCUCCCACCUAGUCCACCAUCAAUUCCUAUAUGGGGUCACCUACACCUACUCAAGCCCCCAUUUCCCAAAACAUUGCAAACCCUUUCUGAGCGUUAUGGCCCAAUUUUCUCCCUUCGUUUAGGAUGUCAGCCUCUUUUGGUUGUCUCUUCUCCAUUGGCUGUCGAAGAAUGUCUCAACCAAAACGACAAUGUAUUUGCUUAUCGACCUAAGUCCAUUGUUGGUGAGAUUUUAGGAUACAACUACUCGAUCCUCAUAUGGUCCACAUAUGGAGACCUUUGGAGGAAUCUCCGACGUGUUGGGGUCUUAACUAUGUUUUCCUUUCGUAAGCUUAAUGAAGGAAGCUCCACCCGAAAAGCUCAGAUCCAUAACAUGAUCUUAGAGCUUCAAACCGAGUCUGAGGGUGCAUUUGGAAGAGUGAACUUAAAUAAUAUUUUGAAAAGGGUGGCGCAUAACUUUGUGAUGAGAACAAUAAAUGAGAAGCCAUGGGAAAAUAUGGAUUUGAUACCCUCUAGUCCCAUGACAAUGUGUGACUUCUUUCCCAUCUUGAGGUGGAUACCUUUCGGAGGGAUUGAGAAAAAUUUGAAAAAGCUUUGGAAGAAAAGAGAUGAAUAUUUACAAAAUUUGCUUGAUGAGAGUAGAGAAAGUGUUAGAAGAAGAUCAUCUUAUAAUGAGGAAGUUGUGACAAAAAAUUUGAUUGAAGAAUUACUAGACUUGCAGGAAGUUGAACCUGAUUGCUACACUAAUGAAUUCAUCAAAAGUUUCAUUUUGAUGCAACUAUUAGCAGGAACGGAUACUACAAUUUCAACAGUGGAGUGGGCAAUGUCAAACCUCAUAAAUAACCCCGAAAUAAUCUCAAAAGCAAGGGAGGAGAUUAAUCUACUCAUUGGCAGAGGAAGACUCGUAGACGAAUCUGAUGUACCAAAAUUGAGUUACAUUCGUUGGAUAGUCAAUGAGACUUUAAGACUUUUCUCGCCAGCACCACUGCUAUUCCCACAUUUCUCGUCCAAAGACUGCACUAUUGGAGGGUUCCAUGUACAAAAAGGCACUAUGCUCUAUGUUAAUGCUUGGGCAAUACAAAGGGACCCUAGCCUAUGGGACGAACCAAACAUGUUUAAGCCGGAGAGGUUUGCAAAUGAGACAGAAGGUUACAAAUUUUUUCCAUUUGGAAUUGGGAGAAGGUCUUGCCCCGGAAGCGCCUUUGCCACUAGAAACAUCACUUUGCUUUUGGCUACACUUAUACAAUGUUUUGAUUGGGGAACACCUGAGGAUGGAGUAGUAGACAUCACAAUGAAAAGUGGUGCCAAUAUUUGUCAUGAGGAAAAGCCUUCAGAGGUAAUUUGCCACCUUAGGUCUUCAAUGGUAGAUGUCGUUGCUCAACUCCAAGUUAAUUAACUAUGUUUAUUAUUAGCUGGCUCGUAAUAUUGAGGGGUUAUGUUAUUUUAAAAUUUGGAUGUAUGAUCUAUUUAUAUGUUAUCUUUUACUUUAUAUGACUUUAUUUAUAAGUUCUU